UUUCAAACUAAAAAAAAAAACAAAUUGCCUCCAUGACGAAGAAGCGCGAACCUGGGAAAAAACCGAAGAUCGACAACAAUUCCUCUGGUAAUUUUGGUAAAGCUAAGAACGACGAACGAAGAUUCCUUUGAUUUUUUCGAUUUGUGUAGAACUUGCGUUUUUUUGUCAUUUUUCUGGGGAAUAUCUGAUUUGAUUGCUCAAUAUUGAGAUCCACGAGUGACUGAGUUCGUCGAUAACAUUUGUAGAAGUCGAAGCUGGGAAAAAACAACGCGAACGCAAGCCUGGGAAAAAACCUAAGAACGAUAAUUCCUCUGAUGUGAUGAGCACUGAUGAUACUGGUGAUGAAGAUGGCUGCCAUGACAAAUGUGACUUUGGACCCUUCUGUGGAUCCGACUUCAAACGUUUGAACAAGAAUGUUGAUGGUGGAGCUCUUCUUGGUGACCCAAAUGUCCACUAUCGAGAUGAAAGUGAUGUUGAAAGGGAUGACUCUUGAUUCAGCUCUGGUACUCCUCCAUUGCCAUCAACGAAUAUGAAUAUAAGUAAGUAUACCCCUUUUCAAAAACACCCUUAGAGCAUGUCUAUCGGUA